CCACAGCUGGGAAAAAUAUACUUACUUAAAAAUGUGCUCUGACGCCCAGAUCUUCAUUAUUUUCUCUGGUUUGUCGAACACAACACGGGAGCCGGCGACCUGAUGACAGCGUGACCGGAGCGAAGAAAGACACCGGCGGAAACUGAAUGAAGUCUAUCCCUCAAUGACCAGGGGUGGCAGUAGUGAGUCGCUUGGUGCAAUAAGGAGAAAUAAAUCCAAGGAAGAAGAAGAAGAAUGACGCCAUCACGCAUCCAUCCGACCUGUCCUUGAAGCCGAGAAAAGCAAGAUGGUCGCUUACUGGAGGCAAGCAGGCCUUAGCUACAUUCGCUUCUCUGCCAUCUGCGCCAACGCGGUGCGGGCUGCGAUGAAGCCGCAGGUCAAAGCCGAGGCAAUCAGGGCCGCUGAGGCGAACGUCAAAGUCUUCAAACCCAAAACAGCAUGAUCCAAAACUGUGUUGUACAUAGUUCUCCUAAACUUGAGAGGUCCUGUUUGAAAGAGGAGGGUGGAGACCUGGAUGUCAUCAAGAUGGCUUGGUUGAAGACUGGGGAUCUAAAUUUAAAUGUUUUUCCUUUUUUUCAUUUACAUAUUGAAUAAAAAUGAAUAUCUUAAAAGUGCA